AUGGCGUCCUCUCAUGGAAAUGUAUAUUCCGCCGAGCAGUUUAUGAAUCCCGGUCCAGCACCUCGGCCACCAGUUGAACGACCUCGUCUCAACACCACCGUUUCUAGCCCUAGCGUCGCUACAUCAUUUAAUCAGAUGAGCUUGAACUCUCCAAGUACCCCAACCUUGUCGAUCUUCCCAAAUACAAGCAAUUUAUCACUUUCGCAAUCCAAGAGCUCACAGGGAGCGCCGCCACCAGGCGUCACCGUUAUCAAAGAGGGCUAUGUGCGGUGCAAAGAGGAUAAGUUUCUAGCCGGAUGGAACCAGCGAUAUCUCAUACUGCGCGAGUUUCGCCUCGAUUUCUUGAAAAAUGAAACGGGGAAAGUGGCAAUUUCCAUUGCUUUGAAUAACAUUACUGGUGUCACUCGCUCUGAAGAUACUAAAAUGGCCUUCGAAAUAACCCGGUUAGCCAAUCCCAAAGAUGCUACCUCAAAGGCGGCACUCAUUAAUCGCGAUUUUCCAACGAAAACCAUAACCUGCGAAGUGAAAAACGAUGAUGAGAUUUACGAUUGGAUCGAUAAGAUUUAUGAACGAUGCCCUGGAAUGGGAGGAGUCAGCAACCCGACUAAUUUUAGUCAUCGAGUGCAUGUUGGCUUUGAUCCACGGACUGGUGCUUUCGUGGGAUUGCCGGCUGAAUGGGAGAAGCUUUUGACGGCAUCUGCUAUUACGAAAGAAGAUUAUAAAAAGAACCCACAAGCUGUGAUUGAGGUACUAGAGUUCUACUCUGACAUUAAGAUGCGAGAGCAGAACCCUCAGUAUUAUGGCAGUUUAACACCAACCCCACCAGCAUCCAAUCCAUCGUCGAUGCAGCUAGGAAACGGAAAUGGCAUUGCUCCACCACGACCACCGCCACCAAAUGCUUUGCAAAGAUUAGAUAGUGGCCAGUCCCAGCGUCAGCCCGGUUCUACGGGGUCUCCCACCCAAGCGCAGCGUAAACCAUCGGACGCAGAUCGUGCCUAUGAGGUUGACCGCAUGCGUGAAAUGGCCGAACAGGAGCAGCGACGGCGAAUGGAGGAAGAAGCACGCCGAAUUCGCGAAGACCAGGAAAGGCGAGAACAGGAGGCGUAUAAUGCAUCACUACCCAAAAGCAAAGUUCCGCUUGCAAAGCAGGAGCUAGGAGGUUAUGGAGGUGAGAGCGAUCCAGCUACGAAUAACCGAUAUAACCCUAGUAGACCUGCUCCUCAAGCGCCGAAUGCCGCUUCCCGUCAGCAGCCUCAGGGUUCCAUGAGACAGAUGACAGCCCAGAGACCAGCUCCAUCACCGCCAACCGCCAAUGGGCAACCUAUCCAAAGGACAGAUUCCCCUUCUCAAGACUCACGGUCCCCGCAAUCAACGCCUCGCCCACAGAAUAACGGUAUAAAAGCACCACCGCAGGCUCAAGGCCCUCCGCCAACUCGUCUUCCCGCCCCCGUACAACAAGUCAAGCCCCUGAAUAUUGCAAGCAAACAGAAUAACAACAAGGCAGCUGUUUCAGAUGGCGUUCGUCAAGCCGAAGCUGCCCUCACGAAGAAGCCUGAACCCCGACAGAAGGAAGUUCGUAUGUCGAGCAUGACAGAAGGCGAGGUAAUGGAGAAACUGAAAUCGGUGGUGUCGAAAGAGAAUCCCCAAGAAUCCUACAGCAAGCAACGUAAGAUUGGCCAAGGCGCCUCUGGCUCUGUUUAUGUAGCUCGGGUGAAAGAGAAUGCAACUUCACCUGUCGCACGUGAGAUAUACCGAACCCACGGCCCACGCGGACAAGUAGCGAUCAAACAAAUGGACCUCCGCAGCCAACCUCGCAAGGAACUCAUUGUAAAUGAAAUCAUCGUUAUGAAGGACAGCCAACAUGCAAAUAUUGUCAACUUCCUUGACUCCUUUUUACAAGAUCAGAACAAUGAGCUCUGGGUUGUUAUGGAGUUCAUGGAAGGCGGUGCAUUAACUGAUGUGAUUGACAACAACCCUGUGAUCCAGGAAGACCAAAUUUCUACCAUUUGCUUUGAGACUUGCAAAGGACUUGCGCAUCUUCACAGCCAAAACAUCAUCCACCGUGACAUUAAAAGUGAUAACGUGUUGCUGGACCGCGUGGGAAACGUUAAGAUCACUGACUUUGGCUUCUGUGCUAAAUUGACCGAGUCAAAGAACAAGCGUGCUACGAUGGUCGGAACGCCGUAUUGGAUGGCUCCCGAAGUUGUUAAACAAAAGGAGUAUGGCCCAAAGGUGGACUGUUGGUCACUUGGUAUCAUGGCUAUUGAAAUGAUCGAGUCCGAGCCCCCGUACCUUAACGAGGAGCCUUUGAAGGCGUUAUACUUGAUUGCGACCAACGGCACCCCACGCCUGAAGAAGCCCGAGAAGCUUAGCAAAGAGCUUAAAUCUUUCCUGAGUGUUUGUCUUUGCGUCGAUGUCCGUAGUCGAGCAACAGCAGAAGAACUACUAGCACAUGAGUUUUUGAAGAUGGGUUGCAGCCGUGCCAGUCUCGCCGAACUCCUCCGUUGGAAGAAGAAUAGUGGCCAGUAA